AUGCCGAUGGCUGACGGUUCCUUCGGAGCAUCCAAGGACAAAGCCGACUCCAGUAACAUCCAGGGAAACGGCUUGGCUGCUCACAAGAUGAACACCUUUGCCGACGCCAGUACAAGCAGUCAUGAGCCAGUGUGGGGGCGGCAAGGCCAGUCUAAAUCUAGCCGAGGGCCCCGGCGCACAUCACUUAGCCUGCGCCCGCUCCCCUUCUUCAUGGCUACAACAAGGUCGGCCAAGGAUGGGAGGAAACCUGCUGACGCAGCACUGAGCCCUGGCUGCUGCUGCACCUUUUGGAGCCCUACAGUGGAGUGGCAUGAGAUGGAGCCCCAGCAUAGAGAGCCCGAGAUUCCAAGGAAGACUCCCCGGAGGGCCAGUAAACGUGCAUCGGCUCCUGCCAAUCUAGCUUGUGACCUCACUAGUCUUUCCGCUGUCGCUAUCCCUAAUGGCAGGGGUGUUUCUCGCUCCUCCUGCUCCUGGAUGCUCAUGUUCUGUGGGACGGGAAACACCUUCUUGCUGCCCGCCUUGCCUCUCUGGGCUUGGCCAUCCUCGUCUACUUUCUGGCUCCACCUGGAGCUGAUACUCAGGGGCCUGCGUGAACCAUGUACCGAUAGCCCAGCAGCCAGCCGCUCUGAAUCACGCUGUUUAGUCGAGGCAAAAUGGGAAAUUAACUUAGCUAUUUUAUUUGGACUUUGGAAUAACGAAUAUAAAACACUAUCAGGGAUGACACUGGCACCUUUGGAGACUGUCGGGAUAGAAGGAGCUGUUUGCCAAGUUCUUCUUGCUGUUUGGGAGCACAGACACGAUACCUCCAUAAAAAGAAGGGCCUUUUUCACUGUGACUAGCAACAUCUUCAUUUUUCGUGAUAUCCUUAAAGGUGAAUUGGAGAUCGGCAGAGCCUUUCGUUUUGCUGCUGCCAGCCAGCUUCAGGAGAGUGGCUCUUCUUACGUCACACACUCAGAGAUGUUGCUGUGGUCCCACUCCGAAUAUGACCCAUAUGUCAGAGCAGGCUAUACGAUAAGACCACCAGCCUGCCUCUCCAGGCUCAUCCCGUAUGCCCUAAUGAAUGCCCCACGGAGCGGGAUUCUUUGUUGCUGCCUGCACUUGCCCAACAUUUUCCUUCUCUGGGCUCUUUUUCACACUGGUAAGCAGAAGGACCGGGGCCAGGGCCAGGCAUUUGGGCAGUCGUUUUCCAUCCACCGCAAAGUCGCUGAGGAUGGGGAGACUCGUGAAGAAACCCUGCUGCAGGAGUCCGCUUCCAAGGAGGCCUACUACCUGGGCAAGAUCCUGGAGAUGCAGAACGAGCUGAAGCAGGGCCGGACUGUGGUGACCAACAUUCAGGCGGAGAACGAGCGCCUCACAGCCGUCGUUCAGGAUCUGAAAGAGAAUAAUGAAGUUUUAGAGCUGCAGAGAAUAAGAAUGAAGGAUGAGAUCCGAGAAUACAAGUUUCGAGAAACGCGCCUCCUUCAGGACUACACUGAACUAGAAGAGGAAAAUAUUACUUUACAGAAACUGGUAUCCACAUUGAAACAGAACCAGGUGGAAUACGAAGGCUUAAAGCAUGAGAUUAAACGCUUUGAGGAGGAGAUGGUGUUGCUAAACAGCCAGCUGGAAGAUGCCAUCCGGUUAAAAGAAAUUGCUGAGCGCCAAUUAGAAGAAGUCCUGGAGACCCUCAAAAACGAGAGAGAACAAAAGAACAACCUGCGGAAGGAGCUCUCCCAGUACAUCAAUCUCAACGAGAGCGUGUACAACAAUCACAUCAACAUUUCGGUAGAUGGACAAAAAUUCGCAGAGGACGGGAGCGAGCCAAACAACGACGACAAGAUGAACGGGCACCUCCACGGGCCACUCGGGAAACUGAAUGGAGAUUAUCGGACUCCGGGAAGGAAAGGAGAAAGUCUGCACCCCGUCUCGGACCUCUUCAGCGAGCUCAACAUUUCAGAGAUGCAGAAACUGAAGCAGCAGCUCAUGCAGGUGGAACGGGAAAAGGCCAUUCUCCUGGCCAAUCUCCAGGAGUCCCAAACUCAGCUGGAGCACACCAAGGGGGCCCUCACAGAGCAGCACGAGCGGGUUCACAAACUCACCGAGCACGUGAACGCCAUGAGGGGCUUGCAGAGCCACAAGGAGCUGAAGGCGGAGCUGGACGGCGAGAAGGGCAGGGACUCGGGGGAGGAAGCUCACGACUACGAAGUGGACAUCAACGGCCUAGAGAUCCUCGAAUGCAAGUAUAAGGUGGCCGUGACCGAGGUGAUCGACCUGAAAGCUGAAAUCAAAGCCCUGAAGGAGAAAUACAACAAGUCUGUGGAGAACUACACCGAGGAGAAGGCCCGGUACGAGAGCCGGAUCCAGAUGUACGACGAGCAGGUCACCAACCUAGAGAGGACGUCCAAGGAGAGCGGCGAGAAGAUGGUGCACAUCGAAAAGGAGCUGCAGAAGAUGACGAGCAUCGCCAACGAGAACCACAACACCCUCAACACGGCCCAGGACGAGCUGGUGACGUUCAGCGAGGAGUUGGCGCAACUCUACCACCACGUGUGUCUGUGCAAUAACGAGACCCCCAACAGGGUCAUGCUGGACUACUACCGGCAGAGCCGCGUCCCCCGCAGCGGGAGCCUGAAAGGGCCCGACGACCCCAGGGGGCUCCUGUCCCCCCGGCUCACCCGCAGGAGCGCGCUGUCGUCGGUGGACAGCAGGGCCCAGCCCGAGUCCGCUCCCAAAGACAGCACGGAGGCGAGCAAAGAGCAGAGCCCCACCAAGACGCCCACCAUCUCGCCCGUCAUCACUGCCCCGCCUUCGUCUCCCGUGUCGGACAGCAGCGACAUUCGGAAAGAGCCCAUGAAUAUUUACAACCUGAACGCCAUCAUCAGGGACCAAAUCAAGCACCUCCAGAAAGCCGUGGACCGCUCCUUGCAGCUGUCACGCCAGCGGGCGGCCGCGCGGGAACUGGCCCCCAUGAUAGACAAAGACAAGGAAGCCUUAAUGGAAGAGAUUCUGAAGUUAAAGUCCCUGCUGAGCACGAAGCGGGAGCAGAUAGCCACGCUCAGGGCCGUGCUGAAAGCCAACAAGCAGACAGCCGAGGUGGCACUAGCUAAUCUGAAGAACAAAUAUGAAAAUGAGAAGACAAUGGUGACCGAGACCAUGACAAAGCUUAGAAAUGAACUGAAGGCCUUGAAAGAAGACGCAGCGACUUUCUCAUCCCUGCGUGCCAUGUUUGCAACCAGAUGUGAUGAGUACGUUACGCAGCUGGACGAGAUGCAAAGACAGUUGGCGGCUGCAGAGGAUGAGAAGAAGACCCUCAAUUCCCUCUUACGGAUGGCUAUCCAGCAAAAACUCGCCCUGACUCAGCGCCUGGAGGACUUAGAGUUUGACCAUGAGCAGUCCCGAAGAAGCAAAGGCAAGCUUGGAAAGAACAAGAUCGGCAGCCCUAAAUCCUAAGGUCAUUCUCCCAGAAGAGCAGCCACAUUCCAGCUCUCAGUGUGCCCCUCUCAACUGUCUCUCUCAGCC